AUCGUCGCGACAUCAUCAAAGGGGCGGAUAUUCAUGCGGCGUCAAUACUACUUCUGAAAGAGUCAUAAACAUAGACUACCCACGUAGACUGGUUGUUGAUCAUUAUAUAAUUACCAAACGACUUAAACCGAAGGACUUCAGCACCCUUAUACUCAAAUACCUGAAAACUAUAUCAUCGUCUUCCGAAGCUAUGAAUUCCAGUCCAGUCCCGGGUUCCGAAGUCAGCCCAGCUAUAGCUCCCAUAGAGUUAUCAUUUUUGGCUCCGAAAUCUCUGUAUACGAUUGUACACAUUCAUUUGACCUUCUUCGCAACGUCGACGUUGCUAUUCCUCACAACGUCGAGCAUGGGAGAGUCUGGCCCGACGUCAAAACCGAUGGGAAGUUUCGUUUACGCGAUGCCUGAUCGCACCAAGCCGAAAAACACAAUCAGCACAGCACUUUACACCUCGCCAUCUACCGUCGACUACGCCACACGGACGGCACGGAUACUAUCACGCAGGAUGGACAUGCCUGUUUAUGUCGGAUGUAGCGUCGACUUUUCUGAUUCUACUGUCGAAGAAGAAAUGGAGGGUCUGAAGAAGAUUUCGGAGACAGUAAUGGAGAAAUGGCAAGAGCGAAAAGGGCAGCAGCAGCUUGAAGAUGCGAUGCAUAGCACCGUAGUCGCAUGAUAUUUUACCUUUCAAACCGCGUUUACCGAUGGUUUGAGAGGCACGAGGUCCUGGCAACGCUUGUUGUGAGAAGUCGUUACAUUCUGUCAACCAACGCGGGGCACUGUGGUAUGAAAAUAUCUUGAAAUGCAUUGGACGACAGUGUUACGUUUCUGCUUGAUAGGAAGAAGGUUGGUGGGCCUUACGAACACAAUAUAUCUUGGGAAAAGAGUUUGGCUGUACCCACCUUUCGAAGGUUCGAAGACCAUUCGGAGAAAGGAAGCAACAAGCACUCGUCCCCAAGAACCCUUAUUCUGCGGUUUCUCACAGUGUACAACAAUAUCAUUGGAGGCCGUACGACAAGCACAUCAUCUUAGACACAUAGCUGAAAGGAAUACCAUGGCGGAGAUAAUUACAGCAUUGUCCGUGCAGCUAUUCACAUUUGGUUCCUCCUCGUCAUUUGUUGGUUGCUGAAUGUUUCGGUUCUGCAUUGCCAUGUUUAGAAUUACCCGGUCCAGAUAUCGACGUGGGUAAUGCGCAAAAUAAUCCCUCCAGGACACCCUGUGUUUUCAGAAAGAGGCCCGAACAUUAGAGCCUUUUUGAAUGUUUUUCGUGGUCGAACAUGCCACAUGUGUGAAGAAUAAUGGUUUACGAAUGAUAUAAGUUUUAAAGCAAAAUGCGGUUACAGUUCCUGCUGCCAUUCCCGUAACCAUUCUUCUUACCCAUACCCAAGUGAUCUGCCAUCCAAUCCUCACUGUCAAACUGUGUUUGGCUGGCUAAGGAAUGCUACAUUUUGUCGAGCGUUUCUAAAUCCAAAUCUAGUUAUUAUUGCUGGCCCCGGGUCUUGAGAAUCUGAAAAGUAGAGCAAGUUGACAUCUAGACAUAUGAGCGUUGAAUUUUAUUUCAUUCUAUUUGUCAAACAUUAAUCUUUUUGGCUGAUGUGACAACUGUAGGAUAGUGCUUGAUUGUCUGCCUAACCUCGUUUUUUCGAUGCGAAAUAGACUCGGGUGUUCAAGGGAAAGAUCACCGAGUCAUGAGAUAUGUUGAUAUUAGGGAACAUUGCGCGAUUGUUUUGCAUCACGUAUCUUCGUCUCUCUGGACUGAAUUACUAUUAACAUCCGGAACGAAGUUUGAUAAGCUCCACGGAAGCCUCCAAUUGCAUUA